CCCCCGCCCCCGCCGCGCCGGGCCUCAGAGCCGGGACGGCGGGGCGGGCCUUGCGGCCCAGGCCCAGGCCCAGAGCCCGCCCCGGCCUCAGGCCCUAUGUAAGGUUGGCAGUGGCCGAGUCGGAGGCUGUGGUGGAAACUCACGAGCCUGCUCCUUGCUCACCCGCAGACGCCCGCAGCGCCCAGUCUCCUGCGCCGCGGUGUCCCCAGAUCCCCGGCCGGGCGCUGUGGGCAGCUGAGGACAGCAUGCGGGACUACGACGAGGUGACCGCCUUCCUGGGCGAGUGGGGGCCCUUCCAGCGCCUCAUCUUCUUCCUACUCAGCGCCAGCAUCAUCCCCAAUGGCUUCAAUGGUAUGUCAGUCGUGUUCCUGGCGGGGACCCCGGAGCACCGUUGCCUUGUGCCUGACACCGUGAACCUGAGCAGCGCGUGGCGCAACCACAGUAUCCCGUUGGAGACGAAGGACGGGCGACAGGUGCCCCAGAAAUGCCGCCGCUACCGACUGGCCACCAUCGCCAACUUCUCUGCGCUGGGGCUGGAGCCUGGACUGGAUGUGGACCUGGAGCAGCUGGAGCAGGAAAACUGCCUGGAUGGCUGGGAGUACGACAAGGAUGUCUUCCUGGCCACUAUCGUGACCGAGUGGGACCUGGUGUGUCAGGAUGAUUGGAAAGGCCCGUUCACCAUCUCCCUGUUUUUCGUGGGUGUGUUGCUGGGCUCCUUCAUUUCGGGACAGCUCUCCGACAAGUUUGGACGGAAGAAUGUGUUGUUUUUGACCAUGGCCAUGCAGACUGGCUUCAGCUUCCUGCAGGUCUUCUCUGUGAACUUCGAGAUGUUUACUGUGCUCUUUAUCCUUGUUGGCAUGGGUCAGAUCUCCAACUACGUGGCAGCAUUUGUCCUGGGAACAGAAAUCCUUUCCAAGUCAAUUCGAAUUAUAUUCGCCACCUUAGGAGUAUGCAUAUUUUAUGCAUUUGGCUUCAUGGUUCUGCCUCUGUUUGCAUACUUCAUCAGAGACUGGCGGAAGCUGCUACUGGCACUCACUGUGCCAGGGGUGCUGUGUGGGGCUCUCUGGUGGUUUAUUCCUGAGUCUCCCCGAUGGCUCGUCUCUCAAGGCCGAAUUAAAGAGGCAGAAGUGAUCAUCCGCAGAGCGGCCAAAAUCAAUGGGAUUGUUGCACCUUCCACUAUCUUUGAUCCAGAUGAGUUACAAGACCUAAAUUCCAAGACACCUCAGUCACACCACAUUUAUGAUCUGAUCCGAACCCGGAAUAUCAGGAUCCUCACCAUCAUGUCCAUAAUCCUGUGGCUGACCAUAUCAGUGGGCUAUUUCGGACUUUCUCUUGACACUCCUAACUUGCAUGGGAACAUCUAUAUGAACAGCUUCCUCUUGGCGGCGGUUGAAGUCCCAGCCUAUGUGUUGGCCUGGCUGCUGCUGCAGCACUUGCCCCGGAGAUAUUCCAUCUCUGGUGCCCUCUUCCUGGGCGGUGGUGUCCUUCUCUUCAUGCAGCUGGUGCCCUCAGGAUUGUUUUAUUUGUCUACUGCCCUGGUGAUGGUGGGCAAGUUUGGAAUCACCUCAGCCUAUUCCAUGGUCUAUGUGUACACAGCUGAGCUGUACCCCACUGUGGUCAGAAACAUGGGUGUGGGGGUCAGCUCCACAGCAUCCCGCCUUGGCAGCAUUCUGUCCCCCUACUUUGUCUACCUUGGUGCCUAUGACCGCUACCUGCCUUACAUCCUCAUGGGAAGUCUGACCAUCCUGACAGCUAUCCUCACCUUGUUCUUCCCAGAGAGCUUUGGUGUCCCUCUCCCAGACACCAUCAACCAGAUGCUAAGGAUCAAAGGAAUAAAACAAUGGCAAACCCAAAACCAGACAAGGAUGCUAAAAGAUGGUGAGGAAGGCCCAACAGUCCUAAAAAGCACAGCCUUAUAACACCCCUCCAGAAGGUGAAAAACGAAACAGACAACCUGCAUAUCGUCAGAAACGCUGUCAAUGACCAAGAGCUUUUCUGUUCUGUUGACCUUGUGUCUAAUGUGCUCUGUCCCGGAUGGGUGAAUCUGUCCUGGAGAGCCAGCCACAGACAGCUUGCACAUCCCAUUCCAGGGGUGGCCUUGGCCCUUCCAAAGAAGUUCAUGAGUCUCUUGAGCCAGUGGGACUUGCAAGACUGUGCGAAACACCUGCUAGACUCGCUUUGCUGUCUUAGAAGACUGAGAAGGCUGCACAGAUAGAACUGCAGGUCUGUUCCCCUCCUCUCCCUAACUGACAGACUCACAGGAAAAGGAAUAGACGUCUCUCAGGGGCUGUGCUCUUGGCUAGGAUGCACAGGGCCCUGAGUUCCACAGGAAGGACCAGAUGGAAACAAACAAAACUUCUUGGAAAUAAAGGAUUCCAUGGGAGUUUGAUUUCUCAUCUUUUCUAAGUUACAAAAGUCCUUCCUGUGGUUGUUUAUCUCACAACAGAAGAACACAAGACCUGGGGAACCUAGAGGAAAUGAAGGUGUGAGCAGGUACAUAACGUCAGCAGUGUGUGGAUUGUGACUGCACAGUCCCACGGCCUGGUGUACUGCGUGUGUCUGGUCAGAGUCCUGGGUUUGUCCAGGCCGUGAGAAAUCCACUGUUGAGGCCAAGGCUUGUCCUCCUCUGCUGUGUAAAUCAGAAUCCCUGGCUACCCCAGACACUGCCUGUGUCUUAAAGGGAAUGUAUGGGUGACAGAGUGUCCUCCCUCUCUCAGCACUGUCGUGGGGGUGGUUUUGCUUGUCAUCAUCGCUGUCCUAUCUCGAGUAAGUCACCCUUCAGCAGAGACUUGGGAACAGUGUUUCUCGGCCCUGAGUCACCCUGGCUGGUGUUGAGCUGCCACCAUGGCGGCCUUAGCCACUACCACUGCUCCGAGUGCCCAAAACAACAACAACACUCUGCUUCUUCCUUUACGAUGUGUAAUCAUGGGGAAAAUUACAAGAAAGAAUCGUAAACUGAGUUCAGUCUCCCAGAGUUGCUGGCUGCAGUCAUGUAACAUCAGCAGGUGUUUUGUGUUCCGUGUGAUUGUCUCCUCUUCUGAUUAUGUUGCCAUGCUACUCCUAAAGCACACGCUUCCCCUACUUUAAAAAAGAAUGUAUUUUGUAGAAACUACUGAAGUGCCUUGGGCAAUGAGAUGGUUUUAAUAAACA